AUGACGCUGAAAAGAUUGAAUGGAAAGUACUUUAGCUUGCUCCCUGAGAUGGGGCUCCAUUACAUCUUUAAUUACAGCUUUGUGUCAAACCAAGACGAGAAAUAUUUCGUCUAUUCUCCUGAAAAAAACAAUUCUAGUACUAGGUCGAGAUUCGUGCUGAAUGUUUUGGGGCAAGUUAAGCAACUAAAUUGGGUUCCUAAUAGCGGAUGGAAUUCCUUCUGGGUUCAACCGACGCAACAAUGCAAAGUUUACUCUCUUUGCGGGGCGUAUGGUAGCUGCAACGACAAGUCCUUGCCCUCGUGUCGAUGCUUGACAGGGUUUAAGCCGAAGUUGCAGAGUGAUUGGGGUUUGAAGGACUAUUCCAGUGGGUGCUUGAGAACAACCAAACUGCAAUGUGGUAACUCCACUCUUGCUAAUGGUGGUAGAGACAGAUUUCUAAAGAUGCUCAACAUGUCAAUGCCUGAAAAUAACCGUUCUGUCCGAUUAGGGAGUUCAGGAGAAUGCGAAUCGAGGUGUUUGAGUAACUGCUCUUGCACUGCUUAUGCCUAUAACAGAAGUGGAUGUUCAAUUUGGGUAGGAGAUCUCAUAAAUCUUAAGCAGCAAGGUAACAGCAGUGGAAGUACUCUCUAUAUUCGACUAGCAGCUUCCGAGUUUCAGAGUCCUAAAACUCAACUCGGACCUUCUGUAGAGUCUAAAGGAUCUUCACGAAAUCGAAAGCUUUAUGGUAUCUUGUUUGGGACCAUGGCUGCUGUUGUGGUCACCUCUUGCACUGCUGGUUCUCUUUAUUACAUGAGAAGGAAAAGAAUGUCCAAUAGACAAGGCGAGAGGCGAAGCAAAGACUUUGUACAUUCAGGUGAAUUCAAAGAAGACGAAAAGAAAGGCAUAGAAGUACCGUUUGUUGUUUUGGAAAGCAUAUUAGCUGCAACAGAUAACUUUUCAGCGGCAAAUAAACUUGGUCAAGGAGGAUUUGGUCCUGUUUAUAAGGGUAAAUUUCCUGGAGGACAAGAAAUUGCUAUUAAGAGGCUCUUGAGUGGUUCAGGACAAGGCUUACAAGAAUUUAAGAAUGAGGUUUUGUUGAUUGCCAAACUUCAGCAUCGGAAUCUUGUCAGACUUCUGGGCUACUGUGUUGAAGGAGAUGAGAAAAUGUUGCUCUAUGAAUAUAUGCCCAAUAAAAGCUUAGACACGUUCAUCUUUGAUCAAAAUCAAUGUGUGUUGCUGAACUGGGAGAUUCGCUUUAAUAUCAUAUUGGGAAUUGCUAGAGGGCUUCACUAUCUUCACCAUGAUUCAAGGUUAAGAGUUAUCCACAGAGAUUUGAAAACCAGCAAUGUUCUACUUGAUGAAGAGAUGAACCCGAAAAUUUCUGACUUUGGGUUGGCGAAGAUUUUUGGAGGCAAGCAAACUGAGGCAAACACAAACAGAGUAGUUGGGACAUAUGGUUACAUGUCCCCAGAGUAUGCAUUACAUGGGUUAUUCUCAAUCAAAUCGGACGUUUUCAGUUUUGGUGUUGCUGUACUUGAGAUUAUCAGUGGAAAAAGAAACACUGGAUUUUACCAGUCAGAACAAGCUUCAAGUCUUCUAGACUACGCAUGGAAGCUAUGGAAAGAAAACAAGGCACUGGAUUUAAUGGAUCCACCAUUGAGGGAGACUUGCAAUGAAAAUGAAUUCUUGAGGUGUUUCAACGUAGGACUAUUGUGCGUACAAGAUGAUCCAAAUGAUCGACCGACUAUGUCAAAUGUGGUAGUCAUGCUUGGAAGUGAAAAUGGAAAUCUUCCAAGUCCUAAGCAACCGGCCUUUGUUGUGAAAAGACCACUUUCUAGCAGAGCUUCUUCUGAACCAUUAUCAAAUAAUGAGUUAACAGAUACCUUGAAUGAAGGCCGUCAAGAUCAAACUCUAGAACCAGAACAGGAGAAUCUCAUUAUUGCCACAAGCAAUGACGCUGAAAGUUCGAUUAGAUUGAAUGGAAAGUACUUUAGCUUGCUCCCUGAGAUGGGGCUCCAUUACAUCUUUAAUUACAGCUUUGUGUCAAACCAAGACGAGAAAUAUUUCGUCUAUUCUCCUGAAAAAAACAAUUCUAGUACUAGGUCGAGAUUCGUGCUGAAUGUUUUGGGGCAAGUUAAGCAACUAAAUUGGGUUCCUAAUAGCGGAUGGAAUUCCUUCUGGGUUCAACCGACGCAACAAUGCAAAGUUUACUCUCUUUGCGGGGCGUAUGGUAGCUGCAACGACAAGUCCUUGCCCUCGUGUCGAUGCUUGACAGGGUUUAAGCCGAAGUUGCAGAGUGAUUGGGGUUUGAAGGACUAUUCCAGUGGGUGCUUGAGAACAACCAAACUGCAAUGUGGUAACUCCACUCUUGCUAAUGGUGGUAGAGACAGAUUUCUAAAGAUGCUCAACAUGUCAAUGCCUGAAAAUAACCGUUCUGUCCGAUUAGGGAGUUCAGGAGAAUGCGAAUCGAGGUGUUUGAGUAACUGCUCUUGCACUGCUUAUGCCUAUAACAGAAGUGGAUGUUCAAUUUGGGUAGGAGAUCUCAUAAAUCUUAAGCAGCAAGGUAACAGCAGUGGAAGUACUCUCUAUAUUCGACUAGCAGCUUCCGAGUUUCAGAGUCCUAAAACUCAACUCGGACCUUCUGUAGAGUCUAAAGGAUCUUCACGAAAUCGAAAGCUUUAUGGUAUCUUGUUUGGGACCAUGGCUGCUGUUGUGGUCACCUCUUGCACUGCUGGUUCUCUUUAUUACAUGAGAAGGAAAAGAAUGUCCAAUAGACAAGGCGAGAGGCGAAGCAAAGACUUUGUACAUUCAGGUGAAUUCAAAGAAGACGAAAAGAAAGGCAUAGAAGUACCGUUUGUUGUUUUGGAAAGCAUAUUAGCUGCAACAGAUAACUUUUCAGCGGCAAAUAAACUUGGUCAAGGAGGAUUUGGUCCUGUUUAUAAGGGUAAAUUUCCUGGAGGACAAGAAAUUGCUAUUAAGAGGCUCUUGAGUGGUUCAGGACAAGGCUUACAAGAAUUUAAGAAUGAGGUUUUGUUGAUUGCCAAACUUCAGCAUCGGAAUCUUGUCAGACUUCUGGGCUACUGUGUUGAAGGAGAUGAGAAAAUGUUGCUCUAUGAAUAUAUGCCCAAUAAAAGCUUAGACACGUUCAUCUUUGAUCAAAAUCAAUGUGUGUUGCUGAACUGGGAGAUUCGCUUUAAUAUCAUAUUGGGAAUUGCUAGAGGGCUUCACUAUCUUCACCAUGAUUCAAGGUUAAGAGUUAUCCACAGAGAUUUGAAAACCAGCAAUGUUCUACUUGAUGAAGAGAUGAACCCGAAAAUUUCUGACUUUGGGUUGGCGAAGAUUUUUGGAGGCAAGCAAACUGAGGCAAACACAAACAGAGUAGUUGGGACAUAUGGUUACAUGUCCCCAGAGUAUGCAUUACAUGGGUUAUUCUCAAUCAAAUCGGACGUUUUCAGUUUUGGUGUUGCUGUACUUGAGAUUAUCAGUGGAAAAAGAAACACUGGAUUUUACCAGUCAGAACAAGCUUCAAGUCUUCUAGACUACGCAUGGAAGCUAUGGAAAGAAAACAAGGCACUGGAUUUAAUGGAUCCACCAUUGAGGGAGACUUGCAAUGAAAAUGAAUUCUUGAGGUGUUUCAACGUAGGACUAUUGUGCGUACAAGAUGAUCCAAAUGAUCGACCGACUAUGUCAAAUGUGGUAGUCAUGCUUGGAAGUGAAAAUGGAAAUCUUCCAAGUCCUAAGCAACCGGCCUUUGUUGUGAAAAGACCACUUUCUAGCAGAGCUUCUUCUGAACCAUUAUCAAAUAAUGAGUUAACAGAUACCUUGAAUGAAGGCCGGUGACAAUCUUUAUCUGCGAGUCUUGCAGGUCAUUGCCUUGAACAAGGUGGUGUCUGUUUUGUUGAGCAUUGCCAUGUACUUCUUUUUUGGUGUGAACUUAGUGUGUGUGUGAGCAUAGAGGAAGAUAUGCUGUACGCGGUCAUAUAAACCUAAAGAGUUGACUAAAAGCCUGAUUUUUAGUGUGUAUAACUUUACAAUAAUCUAGUCAAGAUCAAACUCUAGAACCAGAACAGGAGAAUCUCAUUAUUGCCACAAGCAAUGACGCUGAAAGUUCGAUUGUCAAAAGCUCAAACAUAAUGUUGGGAUUUUUGGAUCGGCAUUAUUUUGCAAAUUGAAAGAUUUGAUUUUGGGUUUAAUAUGGAGAUUGAUUUGCUGCAUUGAAUUGAUUUAGAGAUUGAAUGGAAAGUACUUUAGCUUGCUCCCUGAGAUGGGGCUCCAUUACAUCUUUAAUUACAGCUUUGUGUCAAACCAAGACGAGAAAUAUUUCGUCUAUUCUCCUGAAAAAAACAAUUCUAGUACUAGGUCGAGAUUCGUGCUGAAUGUUUUGGGGCAAGUUAAGCAACUAAAUUGGGUUCCUAAUAGCGGAUGGAAUUCCUUCUGGGUUCAACCGACGCAACAAUGCAAAGUUUACUCUCUUUGCGGGGCGUAUGGUAGCUGCAACGACAAGUCCUUGCCCUCGUGUCGAUGCUUGACAGGGUUUAAGCCGAAGUUGCAGAGUGAUUGGGGUUUGAAGGACUAUUCCAGUGGGUGCUUGAGAACAACCAAACUGCAAUGUGGUAACUCCACUCUUGCUAAUGGUGGUAGAGACAGAUUUCUAAAGAUGCUCAACAUGUCAAUGCCUGAAAAUAACCGUUCUGUCCGAUUAGGGAGUUCAGGAGAAUGCGAAUCGAGGUGUUUGAGUAACUGCUCUUGCACUGCUUAUGCCUAUAACAGAAGUGGAUGUUCAAUUUGGGUAGGAGAUCUCAUAAAUCUUAAGCAGCAAGGUAACAGCAGUGGAAGUACUCUCUAUAUUCGACUAGCAGCUUCCGAGUUUCAGAGUCCUAAAACUCAACUCGGACCUUCUGUAGAGUCUAAAGGAUCUUCACGAAAUCGAAAGCUUUAUGGUAUCUUGUUUGGGACCAUGGCUGCUGUUGUGGUCACCUCUUGCACUGCUGGUUCUCUUUAUUACAUGAGAAGGAAAAGAAUGUCCAAUAGACAAGGCGAGAGGCGAAGCAAAGACUUUGUACAUUCAGGUGAAUUCAAAGAAGACGAAAAGAAAGGCG